GCGGCCCGGAGCGGCGGGGGUCCCCGCCAUGGCGCUGCCGCCGCGCUGAGCCGCCUCCUCCGCCAUGGCCGGCGCCAUCGCCUCCCGCAUGAGCUUCAGCUCGCUCAAGAGGAAGCAGCCCAAGACCUUCACCGUGCGCAUCGCCACCAUGGACGCCGAGAUGGAGUUCAGCUGCGAGGUGAAGUGGAAAGGGAAGGACCUGUUUGAUCUGGUGUGCAGGACUCUAGGACUCCGAGAAACCUGGUUCUUUGGGCUGCAAUACACCAUCAAGGACACGGUGGCCUGGCUCAAAAUGGACAAGAAGGUUCUGGAUCAUGAUGUUCCAACAGAGGAGCCUGUCACCUUUCACUUCCUGGCCAAAUUUUAUCCUGAGAAUGCAGAGGAAGAACUAGUCCAGGAAAUCACUCAGCACUUGUUUUUCCUGCAGGUGAAGAAGCAGAUUUUGGAUGAGAAGAUCUACUGUCCUCCUGAAGCUUCUGUCCUGCUGGCCUCCUAUGCCGUCCAAGCCAAGUAUGGUGAUUAUGACCCCAACGUCCACAAACGAGGCUUCUUGGCACAAGAGGAGCUGCUUCCGAAGCGGGUGAUAAACCUGUACCAGAUGACUCCAGAGAUGUGGGAGGAAAGGAUCACAGCCUGGUAUGCAGAGCACCGAGGCAGAGCCAGAGAUGAAGCUGAAAUGGAGUAUCUGAAGAUAGCUCAGGACUUGGAGAUGUAUGGAGUCAACUACUUUACCAUUAGGAAUAAAAAAGGCACAGAACUGCUCCUUGGAGUUGAUGCCUUGGGUCUUCACAUUUAUGACCCAGACAACAGGUUGACCCCUAAAAUCUCCUUCCCGUGGAACGAGAUCCGGAAUAUCUCAUACAGUGAUAAAGAGUUUACGAUUAAGCCAUUGGACAAAAAGAUUGAUGUUUUUAAAUUCAAUUCAUCAAAGCUGCGUGUGAAUAAGCUGAUUCUUCAACUGUGUAUUGGAAACCACGACCUCUUCAUGAGGAGGAGAAAGGCAGACUCCUUGGAGGUCCAACAGAUGAAGGCACAGGCCAGGGAGGAGAAAGCCAGGAAGCAGAUGGAACGGCAGCGCCUGGCCCGAGAGAAGCAAAUGAGAGAAGAGGCUGAGAGGACAAGAGAUGAGCUGGAGAGAAGAUUGAUGCAGUUAAAGGAAGAGGCAACGAUGGCCAACGAGGCUCUGAUGAGGUCUGAAGAGACAGCAGACUUGCUGGCUGAGAAGGCUCAGAUCACAGAGGAGGAGGCCAAGCUCCUGGCUCAGAAAGCAGCUGAGGCUGAACAGGAGAUGCAGAGGAUCAAAGCCACGGCCAUCCGGACGGAGGAGGAGAAGAGGCUGAUGGAACAGAAGGUGCUAGAGGCAGAGAUGUUGGCACUGAAAAUGGCGGAGGAGUCGGAGAGGAGGGCAAAGGAGGCUGAUCAGCUGAAGCAGGAUCUUCAGGAGGCUCGCGAGUCCGAGCGGAGGGCAAAGCAGAAGCUUCUGGAGAUCACCAGCAAGUCAUCCUACACACAGUCCAUGAAUUCAAGUACAACAGCACUGCCUACAGACCUGCCAAGCUUCAACCUCAUCAAUGAGAGCCUGUCCUUUGACUUCAAAGACACGGACAUGAAGAGGCUUUCCAUGGAAAUCGAGAAAGAGAAGGUAGAGUACAUGGAGAAGAGCAAGCACCUACAGGAGCAGCUGAAUGAGCUGAAGACAGAAAUUGAGGCACUGAAGCUGAAGGAGAGGGAGACAGCCCUGGAUAUAUUGCACAACGAGAACGCCAGCCGAGGCAGCAGCAAGCACAACACUAUCAAAAAGCCUCAAGCCCAGGGCAGAAGACCUAUCUGCAUUUGAGACUUCCAAGUAGGUUAUUCCAAGCUCACCCUGCAGAGCACCAAGUCCCGCGUUGCCUUCUUCGAGGAGCUCUAGGAACCCGCCGGCCGCUCCCGCACCGGCCCCGCACCGCCCCGCUCCCCCCAGGACCGGCGAGGCCCCCCCCGGAGCUGGGGAGCCGAGCACAGCCCCCCCACAACCCUCACACCCCGACAGACUCGGGGCCCGGGCUGCCCACGGACUGGGAUGUUCUCGAGCUCAGCAUCCAUUCCUCCUCCUUUUCCACCCCUUUAUUUUUUGGGUCGUUCUCUCCCCCUUUAUUCCGUCUGUUUCUAGGGUAGUUUUUUACCCCCCCCCCCGCCCCGGUGCCGGGACCCCCGGGCUGGCAAGGGGCAGGGGGGGGGGGUCGGAGGGAUCCCCGGCAGGAAUUGCCGUGUCCCCCCUCCCCGGCAGUGCCCGGAGCUCCAUUAGGCACCCAGAGCAUGUGCCAGUGAAGUGCUGUAAAUCAGGAGCUGUCGCGCCGGCUCUUCCAGCAGAGCCCGGAGCGGGAUGGAGAAGCUGCGGGACCUCGGGUUUGGGGGGGGGAUUUAGGGUCGCUGGGGGGGAGUGGGGGCGGAGAAACAGGGGCAGAAGGUGGGGAGGAAGGUCACCUCCUCCUCCUCCUCGGCAAGGGAUAAGGAGCAGAACAGCUGGUGCCAACCAAAGGGAGCCUUUUGUUUUGUUUCACCCCUGCAAACUGUGGCAAACCCGGGCAAGGGGAGACCGGGGGGGGGUCCGGGGGCUCAGGGCUGGGCUCUCGCUGGGUGCCAGGGUCCGACACCCCCUCGGGUGGUGUGGGGGUUCCCCCCCCCCUCCCCCCAGCUCCUCCAAAGCUGGGCUUGCUGCCUUCCCGGGGCUGCCUGCUCCUGCCUGUCCUUACACGGGUGCCUUUGGUGACAGCUCUGACCUCCGGGCAGCAGCCGCGGGGACAACGGGGAUGCCCUGACCUUCCCUGCCUGCCUCCAGCCCAAAUCCCACCCCCCGCUCAGGGGAAACCCCCUCCAGCCCGAACGGAGCCGGUGCUGGCCCAGGAAUCCUCUCGGGACCCUCAGUUCCUCCCACCAGCUGAUGAGGGGACCCGGGUUGUUCCGGAGGGUCAGCCCAGGAUCCUGUCCCGGGUCCGUGUGUCCCCGGGGCUGUCGAGCUGGGAUGAAAGAACCUUUUUCUUGUUGGUUUUGAAUAAAAAUUCGGAGCGCAGGAGGAGGGGGAGCUUUGA